CGAGCCGCGAGGAAGAAGAAACUCGCCCGAGCUGGGACCCCCUCAAAACUCGAACGCGAUAGUCAAUAAUCGCAGCCAGGCAGCAACGCAUCGAGCUAUAUCAAAUUAAUUCAAUUUUAUUGAUGGAGAAGUUCCUGAACUGUUUCACCACCGAGGCAAUUCAUUGCUAUUGAAAUUAAACUCCAAUUGGCAGAUAAUUUUUUUUUUUUCAUCUUUGUUGAUAAUUUUAUUGAAAACUUCCGGCGACCCGGAAGAGGCCUGAAAAUGAUUCGGGUCGACGAGUCUGAUCCAGUUGGUGAAAUUGAGCCACCAUUUCCAUACCGGGAUGUGGUAGUACGCCGUGUUGACUUCAAAAAUCACUACGACCUCCAAACAGAACUUGGUCGCGGAAAAUUCGGAACGGUGUAUCAAUGUAAGGAGAAGCAGAGUGGUCUGAGACUCGCUGCAAAGAUCGUUAACACAACUAAAAAGGAAGAUCGCAGGGAUGUUGAGAGAGAAGUGGAAAUAAUGAGGAGACUCCAGCAUCCCCGAUUAAUUCAAUUGUACGACGCGGUUGAUAAUGACAAGAAGUUCUACGUCGUCUUGGAGCUUAUCGAGGGAGGUGAGCUCUUCGAACGGGUCAUCGAUGAUGAUUUCUACCUGACUGAGAGGAGCUGCGCCGUCUUCAUGAGGCAGAUUUGCGAGGGAAUUGAAUUUGUUCACGCCCAAAAUGUUCUUCAUUUGGAUAUGAAGCCAGAGAAUAUAUUGUGCCUGACGAAAGAAGGCAACAGAAUAAAAAUCAUCGAUUUUGGGCUGGCGAGGGAGUACGAUCCGAAAAAGAAACUCCAGGUGCUAUUUGGCACUCCUGAAUUCGUCUCACCGGAAGUCGUUAACUUCGAUGAGAUUGGCUAUGGAACUGACAUGUGGAGUAUUGGCGUCAUCUGCUAUGUUCUACUCUCCGGUCUUUCUCCAUUCAUGGGCGACACUGACGUCGAGACAAUGGCAAACGUGACAAUCGCCAAGUACGACUUCGAUCAUGAAGCCUUUGCCGACAUCUCCGAAGAUGCCAAGGACUUCAUCAGAUCGCUCCUGAUAAAGGACAAAGAAAAGCGAGCCACAGCGGCUCAAUGCCAGAAGCAUCCCUGGAUAGUGAACCCGGGAGCAUCAGUUGUCAGAAAGAGCAUGGAGACCCCGGCGGAAGUCAAGGAAGUUGAGAAAACGAAGAAAAAGAAAAAGAAGAAGAAGCAGCCCGAGAAGAAGAAGGAGAUAUCAGUGGAUUUAAAAGCAGGUGUCUUAGACGUGACAAAGGACAACUUGAGAUUGUUCGUAGAGCGUUGGAGAGAACAUCCAAAUAGUCCCUAUAUGUUGGAGGCCGUCGACAGCCUGUCAUCGCUAGACUCCAAUGGCCCCAUCAAAGUUGAAUCCAUGUCAUUGGGUGGUCAGAGCCCCUCACCACCUCAGAGCAUCUGCAGCAGUAGCUCAGAAGUAUCAGACACCCCUCAUAGCACAACAAUAUUGAAUAUCCCAUCAUUGGGUUUCGAGAGACGAGCCUCAGAGGGCAAUUCCAAGGCGUCAAAUUGUCGAGAUCCCGCCGCCCAAAUAGUCCUCGCCGAGGAGAUAAUAAAACUAUCGGAGCACCUGCGCUCCAUCGCUGCAUCAUCAUCCACUCAGAGAGAAGAGGAAGUUAAAACGAAACUCGUUGGUGAGAAGAUAAGGCGAGCCGAGGUCCCAUCGGAAAUAAUGAAGACGGUUGAGGUAAAGACGUCGAGUUUCAGGGAAAAAAAAACGAGGGAAAGCAACGCUGAUGGGCUACUCAAGACUAGAUUACUGGAUAGAGAUGGUAAUAGUGAAGUUAAUGAGAUUUCUGAGAAACUAUCGACAAUAACACGCCAGAGAAAAUUGAAUGGUACAACUUUCAACGGUAGCAGGCAUUAUGAGAGACAGGACGGUAAUUCAGGCACAUUCACCUUAAAGCGCUCAUCCUCAAGGUUAAACGAAGCACUAUUGAGCAGAGAGAAUACGAAGAAUGAGGAAGAGAGCAUAGUGACGAGGAGCUGGAGGUCGGAUAUGAGGGAUCAAUUGUUGGUGUCUGAUAAAGACAGCAAAAUCACCCGGGAGAAUGGGGAUAUCGAUCUGACUCCACCCUGGAGGAAGCCCAGGAUAAAACGCAGAUUUGGAGAGACUUGUAGGGAUGUCCCUAGGAUUUCAAAUUUACGGGAUUUGCACAAGAGUAUUGACUUUGAUGAACCUACCAGUACGAAGGAUCUCUUGCUUCAAUUACUGGGAGAGUGGGAAGAGAGGCCUGGUGCUGGUAGAGGGAGAAAAAGUAUCAGUGUUGAUUGGGCUGAGGAUUCAGUUGCCAGAAGAUCUAUGAACUCUCUUGCUGAGUAUUUCCAGUCUGAGCAGAAGAAAUCCAUCAAGACUGCUGUCUCCAAUUCACCAGUUGUCCAUCGUUGA